CAGCUCCUCAGCAUGGCUCCGAGCGUGCGCGGGGCUCCGGCCGCCGGAAGCGCGGCGGCUGGCUCGCGGCCGCGGCAGAGACCAACUCACCCAACCAGCCACCCAACGGCCCGCCCUUCCUCUUUAACUUAGGGGAGCGGAGGGCGGGGCGUGAAGGCAGCGCGGGCGUCGGUCUUUUCGUCCGGUAAAAUGCUAGGCCCUCCUCGGGCGCCGGAGCCACUUCCGGAGCAAAUGUCAAGCUUCGAGAGGGCGGCUGGAGAGGUGCGCGCGGCGCCGGCAGCUCGGCGGCCUGGAGAGGACGACGGGGCCUGGGAGGGCGGCUCCGCGGCUACAGCUCACGGCCCUCAGCCCCUCAGCCCAGGCGGCCACGCGCUACUAAUGAGGAUUCUCUGGCUUUUUUCCCGUCUCGCGCCGGCCGACCGAAUUCUGUGUUCUCUGUUCCCUAGUAGUUCUACCUCCCGCAGAAGACUUAAGCUGUCAGGACCUUCUCUUUCAGUAGGAGUCACCGAAGUCAGAAGUUACUUGAAGUUAUCUUGUAUUCACCUCAGAAAGAAAGUACCCCCAGGCCAGUGGUGUGUUGAAGGUGACUUGAACAGUCUCGUUAAAAUUGCUCCGGACAUGCAGGCUCAGUGGCCAUGGCUCAUGGGCCCAGCAGCUCCGCGGCAUGUGGGAUCUUCCCGGACCGGGGCACGAACCCGUGUCCCCUGCAUCGGCAGGCGGACUCUCAACCACUGCACCACCAGGGAAGCCCAAGUGGUCUGGAGCCAAACCCACAGUAUCUCUGAGGAAACCAAGAGGGAAGAAAAAGUCUCUUGCCUCUUCGGCAGCUCCAGAGUUUUCCCGGACUCCCUCCCGGCUAGCUGUGGCACAUUAGCCCCCUUCAGGCUGAGUUCUCGCCGCCAGCCCCAGUUCUCUCCCUGCGCUCUGACCGAAGCCCGAGCCUCAGCUUCCAGCGCUGCGCGCCCCGGCGGGCGAGCAGACAAGCCUCUCGGGCUGGUGAGUGCCGCUCGGCACCGAUCCUCUGUGUGGGGAUCUCUCCGCUUUGCCCUACCCAGGGAUCAAGACAUAACUGCAUUCCGUCAACGCAGUGUAGCUGCCAUUCUUCCCAGAAGUCUGGAAUUUCAGUGACGUGGGAGAGGACAUGGAAAGAGCUCUGGAAUGCGAAUUUGCAGACCUGAAUUCUGGUUCUACCUUAGCCACAAGCUGAGACUGGUGAUCUUGACUCAGAAUGUGGUCACCUUAUUUUUGAUAAAGGAGGCAAGAAUAUACAAUGGAGAAAAGACAGCCUCUUCAAUAAGUGGUGCUGGGAAAACUGGACAGCUACAUGUAAAAGAAUGAAAUUAGAACACGCCCUAACACCAUACACAAAAAUAAACUCAAAAUGGAUUAAAAACCUAAAUGUUAAGGCCAGACACUAUAAAACUCUUAGAGGAAAACAUAGGCAGAACACUCUAUGACAUAAAUCACAGCAAGAUCCUUUUUGACCCACCUCCUAGAGAAAUGGAUAUAAAGACAAAAAUAAACACAUGGGACCUAAUGAAACUUAAAAGCUUUUGCACAGCAAAGGAAACCAUAAACAAGACCAAAAGACAACCCUCAGAAUGGGAGAAAAUAUUUGCAAAUGAAGCAACUGACAAAGGAUUAAUCUCCAAAAUUUACAAGCAGCUCAUGCAGCUCAAUAUAAAAAAAACAAACAACCCAAUCCAAAAAUGGGCAGAAGACCUAAAUAGACAUUUCUCCAAAGAAGAUAUACAGAUCUCCAACAAACACAUGAAAGAAUGCUCAGCAUCACUAAUCAUUAGAGAAAUGCAAAUCAAAACUACAAUGAGGUAUCACCUCACACCAGUCAGAAUGGCCAUCAUCAAAAAAUCUAGAAACAAUAAAUGCUGGAGAGGGUGGGGAGAAAAGGGAACCCUCUUGCCCUGUUGGUGGGAAUGUAAAUUGAUACAGCCACUAUGGAGAACAGUAUGGAGGUUCCUUAAAAAACUACAAAUAGAACUACCAUAUGACCCAGCAAUCCCACUACUGGGCAUAUACCCUGAGAAAACCAUAAUUCAAAGAGUCAUGUACCACAAUGUUCAUUGCAGCUCUAUUUACAGUAGCCAGGACAUGGAAGCAACCUAAGUGUCCAUCAACAGAUGAAUGGAUAAAGAAGAUGUGGCACAUAUACACAAUGGAAUAUUACUCAGCCAUAAAAAUAAACGAAAUUGAAUUAUUUGUAGUGAAGUGGAUGGACCUAGAGUCUGUCACACAGAGUGCAGUAAGUCAGAAAGAGAAAAACAAAUGCUGUAUGCUAACACAUAUAUGGAAUCUUAAAAAAAAAAAAGGUUCUGAAGAACCUAGGGGCAGGACAGGAAUAAAGACGCAAACGUAGAGAAUGGACUUGAGGACAUCGGGAGCGGGAAGGGUAAACUGGGACGAAGUGAGGGAGUGGCAUAGACUUAUAUAUACUACCAAAUGUAAGAUAGCUAGUGGGAAGCCGCCUCAUAGCACAGGGAGAUCAGCUCUGUGCUUUAUGACCAC